GGGGCCACGUGACUCGCUAAAGAUGGCGGCGCCCAGUGUGGCGGCGUGAAAUUUGUGGGUAGUCGCCGUCGCGGGAUCUUGAGUCAGAAGCGUGGGGAACCUGAGAGCCAUGUCGCGCCUGAUCGUGAAGAACCUCCCGAAUGGGAUGAAGGAGGACCGAUUCAGGCAGCUGUUUGCAGCCUUCGGCACGCUGACUGACUGCAGCCUCAAGUUCACCAAAGAAGGCAAGUUCCGGAAGUUCGGUUUCAUAGGUUUUAAGUCAGAGGAGGAGGCCCAGGCAGCACUGAACCAUUUCCACCGGAGCUUCAUUGACACGUCCCGGAUCACGGUAGAAUUCUGCAAGUCCUUUGGAGACCCAUCAAAGCCCCGAGCUUGGAGCAAACAUGCACAGAAGCCAAGCCAGCCCAAGCAGCCAACACAAGACUCCGUUCCCUCAGACAGUAAAAAAGACAAGAAGAAGAAAAAGGUGCCCAGUGACCUGGAGAAGCUGAAGGAGGAUGCCGAGUUCCAGGAGUUCCUGUCAAUUCACCAGAAGAGGACCCAAGUGGCCACCUGGGCAAACGACGCCUUGGAGGCUGAGCUCCCAAAAGCAAAAGCCAAGCCGUCAAGUGACUAUCUGAACUUCGACUCUGACUCCAACUCCGACUCAGGGCAGGAGAGUGAGGAGGAGCCGGCUGGAGAGGACGGUGAAGAGGAACAAGGCCUGCAGCCAAAGGCGGCCGUGCAGAAGGAGCUGUCAGACAUGGACUACUUGAAAUCCAAGAUGGUGCGGGCCGAGGUGUCCUCUGAGGAGGAGGACGAAGAGGACAGUGAGGACGAGGCGGUGAACUGUGAAGAAGGAAGUGAGGCUGAGGAAGAGGAGGGCUCCCCUGCCUGCCCAGCCCAGCAAGCGGGUGUGACGGGAGCUGUGCUUGGGAGCCUGAGGCCCCAGGAAGCUGCUGGCAAGGUAGAGAAGCCAGCCAGCCAGAAGGAACCUACUACCCCCUACACCGUGAAGCUCCGGGGAGCCCCGUUUAAUGUCACUGAGAAAAACGUCUUGGAAUUCCUAGCUCCACUGAAGCCAGUGGCCAUUCGAAUAGUGAGAAAUGCUCACGGGAACAAAACAGGGUAUGUCUUCGUGGACCUCAGCAGCGAAGAAGAAGUAAAGAAAGCUCUUAAGUGCAACCGUGAAUACAUGGGUGGGCGCUAUAUCGAGGUGUUCAGGGAAAAGCAGGCCCCCACCGCCCGUGGUGCCCCAAAGAGCAGCACCGCACCCUGGCAAGGCCGAACGCUGGGCGAGCAUGAGGAGGAAGAAGACCUGGCAGACUCUGGGAGGCUUUUUGUACGGAACCUGUCCUACACAAGCUCUGAGGAGGACCUGGAGAAGCUGUUCUCUGCCUAUGGUCCCCUGUCAGAACUCCACUACCCCAUUGACAGCCUGACCAAGAAGCCAAAGGGCUUUGCCUUCGUCACCUUCAUGUUCCCUGAGCACGCUGUGAAGGCCUAUGCUGAGGUAGACGGGCAGGUAUUCCAGGGCAGGAUGCUCCACGUCCUACCAUCCACCAUCAAGAAAGAAGCCAACCAGGAGGCCAACGCCCCAGGAUCCUCUUACAAGAAGAAGAAGGAAGCCAUGGACAAAGCCAACAGCUCCAGCUCCCACAACUGGAACACGCUAUUUAUGGGGCCGAAUGCCGUGGCCGAUGCCAUCGCACAGAAGUACAACGCCACCAAGAGCCAAGUGUUUGACCAUGAGACCAAGGGCAGUGUGGCUGUGCGUAUGGCUCUGGGGGAGACUCAGCUGGUCCAGGAGGUCCGAAGCUUCCUUAUUGACAAUGGUGUCUGCCUGGACUCUUUCAGCCAGGCUGCAGCGGAGCGAAGUAAGACGGUGAUCCUGGCUAAGAACCUCCCAGCAGGCACACUAGCGGCAGAGCUACAGGAGAUCUUCAGCCGUUUCGGCAGCUUGGGCCGAGUGCUCCUGCCUGACGGUGGCAUCACGGCCAUUGUAGAGUUCCUGGAGCCGCUGGAGGCCCGCAAGGCUUUCAGGCACCUGGCCUAUUCCAAGUUCCACCAUGUCCCCCUGUACCUGGAGUGGGCUCCAAUUGGUGUCUUCGGCGCAGCCCCCCAGAAGAAAGAUUCCCAACCUGAGCAGCCUGCACAGAAAGCUGAGGCAGAGCAGGAGACUGUACUGGACCCUGAAGGUGAAAAGGCUUUGGUGGAAGGAGCAGAGGCCUCCAUGGGCAAAAUGGAAGAAGAGGAAGAGGAGGAAGAGGAAGAAGAAGAAAGCAUUCCAGGGUGCACUUUGUUCAUUAAGAACCUCAACUUCAACACCACACAGGAGACCCUGAAGGAAGUGUUUUCCAGAGUGGGAGCUGUGAAGAGCUGCACCAUCUCCAAGAAGAAGAGUAAAGCAGGAGUGCUACUGUCAAUGGGGUUCGGGUUUGUGGAAUACAAGAAGCCAGAACAGGCCCAGAAAGCACUCAAGCAGCUCCAGGGUCACGUUGUGGAUGGCCAUAAGCUGGAAGUACGGAUCUCCGAACGGGCCACCAAGCCUGCCUUGACAUCCACUCGGAAGAAGCAGGUCCCCAAGAAGCAGACGACCUCCAAGAUCCUGGUACGGAAUAUCCCCUUCCAGGCCAACCAGAGGGAGAUCCGGGAGCUUUUCAGCACCUUCGGGGAACUGAAGACAGUGCGCCUGCCAAAGAAGAUGACAGGGACCGGCGCUCACAGGGGCUUCGGCUUUGUGGACUUCAUCACCAAGCAGGACGCAAAGAAAGCCUUCAAUGCACUGUGUCAUAGCACGCACUUGUACGGCCGCAGGCUGGUUCUGGAAUGGGCAGACUCGGAGGUGACUGUGCAGGCCCUAAGGAGGAAGACAGCCAAACACUUCCAAGAGCCCCCAAAGAAGAAGCGGUCUGCAGUGUUGGAUGGGAUCCUGGAGCAGCUGGAAGAUGGGGACGACAGUGACAGCGAGGAAACUCUCCAGCUGUGAGCUGGCACUGCCAGGGUGUGUGACUCCAGGGCCCCGGGGCCGGGCAGUGCCUUACAGGAGGUCUCCAUGGGUCAGCACCAAAGGCAACAAAAGCUCGUGGCAAGUACCAGAUGCGAGAACAACUCUUCUGCAGACUCCGCCCCAGUGGUGUGUUGAGCGGCUGCUGACCCAGCACCUGCACUGGGUAACACUUGUGAGUGACUCCAUAAGGACCUUAGGCCUGGUAUCCUCCUGUGGCAUGGCUGGCCACACCCUGGCCCCUUUUCCCUGAGGAGCAGAUUCUAGGAUGAGUGACAGGGUGCACAGCCACUGUAGAGCUCCCAGCAGGAAUGAGCUGCUGUCUGGGUGGGGACCCACAGCUCAGCCCCGUCCACCAGCCACCAGGCCCCACCCAGCCAGGCUCCUGCAACCCUGCCUUGCCCUCUACAGGACUGCUGGCCAGUGGAGCUGGGGACCCUUCUACCUCAUCAGCAGGGCCCCUUCCUGGUCCUCAUGAUGCAUCAUUCCGAGCCCUGAUGCCAGGUUCACAGGCUGAGCUGCGCUAGCACCAUUGCCAGCCCUUGUAGCUCAAGUGGAGGCCCUGGGACUCCCACCAAGGCCUCACCCACACCAGAGCCUAGCACACCUCUCCAUAAACACUGACGCACCGUCGGCCAGAGAAGGACAUGGCAUCAGUCAGAGAGCAAGGCCACAGUCCUUCAACACCGUCCUGCCCCAGCAAGAAGCCUAAGACCCAUCUCAUUUCGACUUCGAGGACUGUCUGUUCAGUGCAGGUGACUGUCAUGGCUGCCUCCAACCUCAGCCAUCCAACCAGGAAGACCUGAGGAGACAGCACUCUCACCUCAGAGCUGUUGUCACCAAGGGCUGACGGUGCGCUGGACAGGACUCUGGGCGCCAGGCUUUCCGACUUUGUGAGAGUCUUGGCCUAUGAAUAUUUUGUGGGCGUGAGGUCCUGCUUUUCAGAGUGGCCUGGACCCUACACCCGGUUAUCAAAGCUGGGGGUACACUCUGUGGGCAGGGAGGGUACUUUGUUAUAGUUCAAGGGCGCUGAAAAUUUAGCAAUAAAUGUCAGAACCUAGAA